AUGUCCUACAACUGCUGCUCUGGAAACUUCUCCUCCCAGUCCCUUGGGGGAUACCUGUGCUACCCAGGAUCUUUCUGCAGCUCAUCUUACCCCAGCAACCUGUUCUGCAGCAAACCUCCAGUCUCCCAGCACAUACCAGCUGGGCUCCUCCCUCUCCAGUGGCUGUCAAGAGACCUGCU